UUUAUAUAGUUCUCUGGAUGUGACAAUUCUUUGUCCCUUCAAUACACCAAGAGAGAGAACGAGAGAUUGGGAGAAGAAAUUGAUAUCUAAAAAGUUUCAUCAAAUUAUUCCAGAUCUGAUCUCACUCUCUCUGCAAAUUCAACUUACAAUCAUCGAAGAUGUCAUCAACAUUUAGUGGAGAUGAAACUGCUCCCUUCUUUGGAUUUCUUGGAGCUGCAGCUGCUUUGGUUUUCUCCUGUAUGGGAGCAGCAUAUGGAACUGCAAAGAGUGGUGUUGGUGUGGCAUCAAUGGGUGUGAUGAGACCAGAGCUUGUAAUGAAAUCCAUUGUUCCAGUUGUUAUGGCUGGAGUUUUAGGUAUUUAUGGGUUGAUUAUUGCUGUUAUUAUCAGUACUGGAAUUAACCCCAAGGCUAAAUCAUACUACCUAUUCGAUGGUUACGCUCAUCUUUCAUCUGGUCUUGCUUGUGGUCUUGCCGGACUUUCCGCUGGAAUGGCUAUCGGUAUCGUUGGUGAUGCUGGUGUUAGGGCCAAUGCACAACAGCCAAAGCUCUUCGUUGGGAUGAUCCUUAUCCUCAUUUUUGCCGAAGCUCUGGCUCUUUAUGGACUUAUUGUUGGUAUCAUCCUUUCUUCAAGGGCUGGCCAAUCGAGAGCUGACUAAGCGACAAGAGUUUGUUGUGUCAUGCUUGGGGUUUCUUGAGUGGUUCGUGGGCUAUUUUUUCACUUUUGAUCUACCGAUUAGCAAGGAGUAGUUACAGCUCUGCAUUGUCUUCAAAUGUUAUCUUUUCCUGGAUGCACAAUUCUUCACCACCAUCCUCGCAAUCAUUGGAUAUAUAUAUUCAGCAUUUGCUGGUUGUAGCUUUAGAGAUUGAGCUUUUUUCUGAAAAUAAGAUCUGUUGCUGUUUUCACCUUUCCUAUUUUGCAGAUGUAAAAUUCUAGCUGGUGACAAACUCAAUCUGAAACUAUGGCUUGUAUAAGUUUUUUUAAACAUUAAAUUAACUACUUUUAUGUUUAUUGAGUUAGGAUUUGUUAGAC